UCACCCCUCAGGAGCCGGAGCCAUGACUCGCCUCGCUAUGCUUGGCGGCUCCGAUCUUGUACUAGUGCUGGCUCUCCUCUGUGUCUUUAACACACUGGCACAAACUAAAGCCACUAAAACAGAGGCGAAGGAUUUAGAGCGAAGCGAGAGUAAGAAAACAAUGAGUAAUAACAUUAAAGACGAAGACCUAAUCGAGAGUUACCAGGAAAUAAAAGAAACACUGAGAAAUAUCUUCUCACAAGGAGUACACCCAGACGAGGGAGGAGACCACUUAAGAGAGUAUCUAGAGCCUAAUAACCGUCUGCCUAUGUCAAGAGAUGCACUUAGUUCAUACGACGCAACACACAAGAGGGGUGGUGUUAGUAAUCUCAGGGCCAGUAGAAGACGUGGUGUAUUUAUUCGUAAAAAUGAAGCACUAAUUGACAGUCUCAGAGACCAAGUCCCUCAUCAGUAUACAGGAAGAUGGAGGCACGACUCUCUACAUCACGUCCACACAGGAGGGGAACAUACCAACACUUACCUGAACGAAUGGGUGGUGCACCUGACCGGGGGGCGAGAGCUGGCUGCCGCCGUCGCUAAGGACUUGGGCUAUCAGUUCCUGGGACAGGUCGGGAGAUUCGAUGACGUAUACCGGAUGGUGAAGCGUGACCACCCAGCCACACACAAGCGGGAGGCGCCCACCCUCACCCAUCACCUGAACGCCCACGCCCAGGUGGUGUGGGCAGAGCAGCAGUUCAUCAAGGAGAGGGCCAAGAGGGGUUUCAUACCCCGGCAAGACGACAAUUACGACCCGUACGGCCUUCUUGAACGCGUCAAGAGGACUGAGGAAGGAGAGGCGGAGGGAGACGAGGAAGCGCACAGGAGGAGGAAGAGAAGCUCGACUAUGGCUGACAAGUUUAACGACGAGCUGUGGGAUCAACAGUGGUACCUGUUCGACACUCGGACGCGGCCUUAUCUACCCAAGCUGGACCUCCAGGUUUUGAAUGUGUGGGACCAGGGGGUGACGGGCAAAGGGGUGAGGGUCCUCGUACUCGACGACGGCAUAGAGUGGGAACACGAAGACCUUCAGGCAAACUACGACCCAGAGAUCAGCUAUGACUACAACAGCAAUGACUCAAACCCAGAGCCUCGAUACGACUCCCAACUGUCCAACUCCCACGGUACUCGCUGCGCCGGGGAGAUCGCCAUGGUCCCUAACAACCAUAAGUGUGGCGUCGGGGUGGCCUAUGGUGCCAGGCUGGGCGGUGUUCGCAUGCUGGACGGUCCUGUGAGCGACAUCGUGGAGGGAUUGUCCCUGAUUCACAGCAUAGAGGUUGUGGACGUUGUGAGCUGUUCCUGGGGCCCAACCGACGACGGCAAGAGGGUCGAGGGCCCCGGCAGGCUAGCAGAAAUGUCGAUGCAUAAGGGCACCAAACUUGGUCGUGGGGGUCGUGGGGUUGUGUACGUCUGGGCGGCAGGUAAUGGCGGGUCAGUUGGAGACAACUGUAACUGUGACGGCUACACCUCCUCCAUCUACACUCUCAGCAUCAGCAGCGCAUCAGAGACCGGCAAGUUCCCCUGGUAUGGAGAGCUUUGCACCUCCACCCUCGCUGCCGCCUACUCUUCCGGCGCCUACACUGACCAGAAGAUCGCCACCACCGAUCUCCACAACAAAUGUACUACCAAGUUCUCCGGCACCUCAGCCGCUGCGCCCCUCGCUGCUGGCAUUAUUGCUCUCGCCCUAGAAGUCAAUCCAAGGUUGACGUGGCGGGACAUGCAACACGCGGUGGUGUGGUCCAGCGAGUGGGCGCCGCUGGCACACAACGGCGGCUGGAUCUUAAAUGGUUGGGGCCUCAGGAUCAACCCUCGUUUUGGCUUCGGUCUACUGAACGCCGAGAAUCUGAUCAACACCGUUAGGAAUUGGACCAACGUGGGUCAGCAGAGGACCUGCAAGGUGGCGCCUACUAACAGGUCAAGUGACACCUUGGAGACCGGAGGGUGGGUGAAGGUGGAGUUUGACAGUGACGGGUGUGUGGGCAGUGAGGACGAGGUGAAGUUCUUGGAACACGUCCAGCUGGUGACUACCAUCAAUUACACCAGGCGAGGCGCCCUCACCAUCAGCCUUGUCAGUCCUCAGGGCACACAGGCCACCCUGCUGACGGAGCGUAAAGCGGACACCUCCAAGAAAGGUUUCAACAAGUGGCCCUUCAUGUCGGUACAUACCUGGGCUGAGGACCCCUCAGGUGUCUGGACCCUCACCUUCUACGACAACACUGACGGAGAAGAAAACGGAACCAUCGAGGACCUGGAGCUAAUACUAUACGGCACUAAAGAAAGACCCGCAUACCUGCAGGACAAGAGGACAUAUAAGAUCCGCUAUGACCAAGUGGAGGACAAGGAAGAGUACACCAAGAAGGACGACAAGCUGUUACUGAACGCCCUCCAGCUCUACACCCUCCCCUGGGACGAGCUCCUCGAUUUACUGAACAAGAGCACGCGAUCAACACUCUCAAGAGAGGACAUUGAAAUGCUACUGAAGGAGGACCGCCUCGAGCACACCCUACGCAACCUCCAAUCACAAGACGAGAAACUGGGAACUAGAUCCAUGUCGAAACUUAAUUGGGAACUUAUCUUCGACGAGCUGAUGGCAAGGAGGCAAUGAAAACAUGACGUAAAAAAAAAAUGCAGAAAACAAUACACUAACCAACUUGCUCCAGAUAAGUCUCUAACUCAUGAACAAAGUAAAAAUUUAGGAACUAAUCAUUAGAAUGCAGAGUUCAGAGAGUUGGUCUCGGUGCCAUGUUAUCAGGAAGCGUUGCUCAUGUAACAAAAAUUUAUAAAAAAAAAUAUUGUGCACGAAUAUGAAACAAAAAGAAAUCUUCUUUUAUAUGAAUACAAUAAUUAAAUUCCCUCAAGUUUAUGAUUACGUUAACAUAAAUUUACCACACCUGUGACGAUUGACAUUUAUUUGCUCAGUCCUCUCAGUGUCUUAGUUUAAGUCAAUCUUAGUAUAUUAUCAUCACUGCACGCCUCCCCCGGGCUGGCCUGGGAUACACCCCAUAACGUUACGGAGAUAAUGUUUGUGUUACCUCCUCGUUAUUUUAUUAGUUUAAGGGGCUAUAUUUACCCCUAUCCCUCACUCACACACACAUGGCGUCCAGGAUGUGAUCUAACACAUUGUGCUACGACCGACGCUUCCUUGACAUGUAUAAAGUAUAAGAGUUAAGCCUGGGUGUCAAUUUAUUUUCCUGAUGCUUUCCAUUAAAUGUAUCAAUUGCGCCUUCCCUUUCUAACCAGUAUAUAUUUUAGAACAGCGCCCUCGUCUCAUUCACUUAGCUUUAACAAAUAUGAAAAUCCAUUCUAAUAAAACAAUAGUUCAGUAACAGCAAGACUCAGUUGGCUCUCAAACACGAACGGCGAAAAGAACUUGGUCAAAAGCAUCCGUUAAAGCCAACACACAGACAGAAGUACGAUAGUUCAACUCUCCACCACCACCACCACACAUCUAUCUUACCCUUAAUAAAACAAGUCCAACAUAUUACCAGCAGUUAGGUCACGUGGUUUAGGUUCAUUAACAUAUUGAUCUACGGGUUAAAAUGAACCUAAAAGAGUCGCGUCGUUUUUUCCAAAUUAUUUCUAUAUUUUUAUUUAUUUUUAUUCGUAUUAUCUUUAUUUUUCUUUGGACGUAAUGCUAAACAAGACCUGAAUGUAAACAACUAAUAUUCCCAUCAAACAAUAAAGACAUUAUCACUAAUUAACGCCUAUGUGACACUUUUGUUCAGACGUAAAUAACAAACCGUAAUGUAAUAGAAUAAUUAAAACCAUUACUAUUUCAACAACUUGGGUGCUUACGACGAUUAACAGAACUAUCGAAAAUCAUUCAUUAUUUUACUAACAACUUCUAUAAACAAAAUUAAUAAACAGAAUAAAGUAUUGUCAGUAAUAAAUUAAUGUUUAAGUAACUAUAUUAAUCUAAACGGAGGGAAGGAAUCAUGAGACGUGACGCAACAAACUGACUUUACACAUAACGUUUCCUCAAUCUGUUCCAUUCAUAACAAACGUACACAAUUACAAAGGAAAACCAGGUGAGGUAUUCUAAAUGAUAGUCGUUUAUAUAUGCUUGAGUGUAAACAUAAUUAUACAAAUAUAACAAAUUUAUCUACGCAUAUAUAUAUCUAUACUUAAAUAACUAUAUUGUUGGCAAAUAAAGUUAUUUUCAUA